AUGUCGCUCACCGUGGGCGGCGUCCUGUUCGGAAUCCUCGUAAGCGCCGUGCUGGCCAUGCUGUUCUUGAAGCCGGCAGAGAGGGCGCAGAAGGAAACGACGGUCACACAGCCGCCUGACGGUUGCCUCACGGUCGACUGCCGCUUCGUCGCCGACGAGUUGCUUCAAGCGAUGAACCAGAGUGCACAACCGUGCGACGACUUUUACGAGUACAUGUGCGGCAACUACAGUGGUCCCGAGGCGAACAUGUUCUCGGCGGUGGAGGAGACUAUCCGAAGUUCUCUGAAGGCACUGCUCAAGUCCACGAAAGUCCCCGAAACUGGCCAGGACGCCUGGGAAAAAGCAGCCGGCAUGUUUCAGUCUUGCAUGGAUCUUGACGUGACUCGGAACACUCAGAUGGCUGAUCUUCGGCAAUGGCUGGCUUCUCAGAGGCUCGACUUCUUCAACAUCACCGAGGACCGUUCGUACGAUGUUGUGGACGCGCUGGUGAUGUUUUCUCUGCAGUAUCACCUGCCAGCAUUGUUGGCCUUCGAAGUCGACAGGAUGCGCUUCUUGAACAAGAAGCGCGCUAUAUCGUUCACUCUUUAUGAGGACGACAUCGAGUGGUACACGCAUUACCGCAUAGCCAAUGGAACCAACCAAACGGGGCGACGCAGCAGUUACGAAGCUCAUUUAAAUCACUACGGCCUGCGUGGCGACGCGCUUAAAGCAAUGUCCCGCUCACUCGAGGACUAUGGCACCGAAGGGCGAUGGGCGUCCAUUUUCGGGCGGUACACGGGAGGCAUCUACCAUGGCGAAGACUAUAUCCAGGUUGUACCGUCGGCACCGGCUCUCCUUGUGGCACUGCUAUCGUCUCCGACCAUAGGGACGCAUGGAUUACGCUGCCUGCUUGCCUGGAGCGUCCUGCGCUGGGUGGGAGACCUCGUGGACACUGCUUCGACAGCUGCAGACCCAAACAGCAGGCCAUUCGAUAAUGUUUGCUACGACCACAUUCUCUUGGUCAUGGAACCUGUGUUCAUGAGGAAGUACGACGAAAUCAAUGCGAACACAGGAGCAGCUCGCCGAGCUCGUGACAUGAUCGCCAACAUGAAGGCGGCGUUCAAGCGGUUUCUUUUCGCAUUCAAGUGGAUGGGAGACGAAGUCCAGGAUCUGAUGGAGCAUCAGCUUACCGACAUGGCUGCUCUCGUCGGAUACCCGGACAGCGCUCCUGACGCACGUGGACUGAACGACUACUACGACGAGCUGGACGACUCGACACCUUCACGAUUUUUUCACGACUGGCGCAAGGCCCUCGAACUAUACGCAAGGCGCCUCGUCCGUGAUCAGGUGCACAUGCUGUUCCUGUCAGUGAAGACAAACGUCUCCUACUCUCCCACCGCCAACGCCAUUAUCGUACCUGCGGCGAGCUUGCAGCCUGGUCUCUUCUUCCAACAGGGUCCCGCCUCCGUAAACUAUGGAGGACUCGGCACAGUCGUCGCUCGUGAAAUGACGCAAAUUAUGCACUUGCAAUCUUUGACACUUGACGAGCCAACGGCUGUCAAGUGGAACGGCAGCGACACGGCCAAGCACUAUGCCUCCAGUGCUCGCUGCCUGCUGAAGUCUCAAAAAGAGGCGCAGCAUCGCUUCCACGCCGAGUCGCCGAUCGAGUCGCCCGAUUCCGCGAUCCUGGCAGACUUCGUGGGGCUGCUGGCGGCGUACGCGGCCUUCACGGAUCUGCCGAAGGAGGAGCGCGCUGUGAGGCUGCACAGGAGCCCCUUCGACUCCGACCAGACCUUUUACGCCUUCCACUGCGCCAAGCUGUGCGAGCUGAACGGCAACGCGAGCAGCCAGUCGCGACAGGCGACUGCCCGGCUGCGAUGUGUGGUUCCACUGAUGAACUCGGAGGCGUUCGCUGAAGCCUUCGAUUGCCCAACCUCGUCACCCAUGAACCCUUCAAAAAAGUGCUCUAUUUGGUGAA